AUGGAGCAGGAUCUUAAGACUGACCCUCCGUGUCAUCCUCGCGCGUGUGCAAUCCAAGAUUGCAUACAGAAGAACGGCUUCGACGAAAGCAAAUGCCAGAAGCAGAUUGACGCUUUGUACGAAUGCUGCAAUGCCUUCUACGAGAAGAAUGGUGAUAGCGCAUCAACAUUGAGCUGUCCCAAGGCUGGUCUCUUGAGACUGAAGAUGAAACAGCGUGCGCAAGGCAUCAGAUAG